CGAGGUGGAGCUGACGUCAUCGCGUCGUCGCCGGCUUCCUCGGAGGACCGAGUGCCAGACAAGCAUGGCAGAAGAAGAUACUAGUGGAGAAGACUAUCCAACAGAAAUUCAUGACUAUCUGUCAGCGUUUGAGAAUUCCCUUUGUUCUGUGGAUGAAAUGCUAAAGACCAUGAUGUCAGUUUCUAGAAAUGAGUUAUUACAAAAGUUGGACCCACUUGAACAGGCCAAGUUGGACUUAGUUUCUGCUUAUACGUUGAAUUCAAUGUUUUGGGUUUACUUGGCCACUCAAGGAGUUAAUCCCAAGGAACAUCCAGUAAAGCAGGAAAUAGAUAGAAUAAGAAUAUAUAUGAACAGAGUCAAAGAAAUUACAGACAAGAAAACAGCUGCCAAACUGGAUAAAGGAGCUGCUUCAAGAUUUGUAAGAAAUGCUCUCUGGGAAGCCAAAACAGAAACAGGAUCAAAGUCUUCAAAUAAAAGAAAAAGGAAAAAGUGAAUUUUUGGUUUUGUUUGGUGAAUAUUCUGAAGUAUAUAUAAUACUUAACUUUUGGCCCCAUCCCUUCAAAAAUUGGUAGAAAAUGGAAGAAGAUUGUAUUGAAUUUCAACUGGAGAAACUAGGUUUGUGUUGGUAUGUUUUUCCUUGAAAUUUGUUACAUAAUGUGUCUUCCCCCCAAUAUUUUAAUUGAUUUUUCUAGCUCUUAAAAUUUGAAAUUUCAUAUCCAUAUUUUGCUAAGUACUAACCUGUAAAUUAUUACAUUUCAGCUUAUUGUUUUUAUAAACAUAUUUGCUAUUAUAAUGCUGUUAUGAAUUAUAAAUUCUGCAAGUGAAAUUCAGUGUUAUUAGUACAUCUGUUUCCAGUAUAUUGUGUUUAAAAAAAGGAUGAAGUGAUUAAACAUUUCUUUAUAGUACAAUUAUUAUGGUUAUGCUUUUUUUGUUUCUAUAAACCAGUGAUCUUUUAAAAAUAAAGACUUGAAAUAUACUAUUAAAACUUAAAGGGUCAUAUAUAGCUUAUGACUACAACAUCCAUUUUAAAAUGUUGGAAAUGUUAUUGAAAUAAGAGGUUUCAUACUGAGGACUGGAUUUUGAGUAAAGAAUCACAGAUUCUUUGACCUGGAAACAUCCCAGAUGUCAUCUACUUUCAACAUGCUCAUUUUACCAAUGAGGAAACUGCAUCUCAGAAGUGACUUGUUGCCAUUCCUAAAAGCUAGGGAUGUUAUCUUUAUGAUUUUAAUGAGUUUUUCGAGUAAGUUUUUUUCAGAUGAUUCAUUUAAGAUAGUCAUCUUAUUCAUAGAAAUUGUGCUCCAGAGGUUCCUGUGAAUAGAUAACCAUACUUAUUUGUUCUUGAUUCAAAAUACAGCUAUUCAAUCUCUCCUUUUUUUUUUUAAGUACUUUUUCUAUUCUUCCAGUUAAGUUUUUUAAGGUGUUACAUUAUGGUAAUGGUUGUAAGUGUCUGUAAGGCAGAAUCCAAACAGAGAGCUUAUAGCAUCCUUAUAAUUUGUCUCAUUUUGGUGGAACAUUUAUUAAUGAUAGUUCUGUAUUGAACUUUUCAAUAUCUCAUGAACUUUAAGCCCAUGAACUUUGACUGUAUAUUUCCAAUUAAUGCAAAUGUAAAAAACCCAUGCCAUCACAUACAGGAAUGCCAAGAACAGUAAAAUACUUUAAUUUUUGAGAAAGAAGAUGAUAUGAUUUCUGUGUGAUUAAUUCUCCAUAUGUAACCUUGAAUAAAUGGAUUUCUUGAUUUAUAGAAACAGAUAUUGGAAAUGGUCUUAAAAUGUAAUGGAUUUUGUAAAGCAUUUUGGGCUCUUUCUGUGACACGUGAUGAGGAAAGCAUUGAUGGAGGCACAAAUUCUGUUCUGGCUAUAAUGUCAGAUAAUUUGAAGAGUGGAAGAACAUUUAUAACUACUGCAUACUCCACCUGCAGCCUCUCAAAUAAAAUUAUUUUCUUUAAAAUAAUUUUGUGAUAAUAAUUAUUAUUAUAAGAUUAAAUGCAGCAUGCAUAGUUUUGUGUUGUCUUUAGCUGUUACCUAGUGGUUAUUUCUGAAUAUUUCCUACUUUUAUAAAGGCUGGAAAAAUAAAGGAAAUUAUUUGUCAUACAUGAAGUCGAAGUAAAUAUUUAUACAAACUCUUAGUUUUUUUUUAAACUCUGCCCUCCCUUUUUUUAUAUCAUACUUAUUUCCUGAUCUACCCUGAACUAUAUUUGAAUCCACCUUGUUACAAAGAAAUGAACUUAAGCAAAACUGACAGAGCAGCCACAUCUGACACUGUAUGAGCAUUCUGUUCUCUUUGCUGUCUCUCACUGAGAGGAGGAAUGUAUUUUUUACCUCUUCCUCCAAAACCAAGGUUAUUCAUUGCAAUUAAUCUGAAUUCAGCUACCCUUUUAAUGUCAUUUUCAUGUACAUCAUUGUAAUCAUUGUAUAUGUUAUCUUUUAUGAUGUAAAAUUAUUCCAUUAUAUUCAUAUAUUACAUAGUUCUUCCAUUCUCUACUUGAUGGGUACUCACUUUAUUUCCAGUUUCUGUUACCAUAAAGAGGGUUGCUAUUAAUAGUUUCUAAUAUGUGGGGCCUUUUUUUUCCACUAAUAGUUGACCUUGAAAUAUAUGCCGACUGUAGAAAUUGCUGGUUCAAAAGGUCCCUUUUUUUUUUUCCUAUAUAUUUUCAAGUUUUUUUGAAAAACAGUUGGGCCAAUUCACAGUUCCACUAAGUGUAUUAGCGUUCCUAUCAUUUCAUAGCCUCUCCUACACUGACUUUCUGCCUUUAUCAUCUUUGCCAUUUGGAUUGUUGUGAAAUGAAAUCUGAAUUUUAAUUUUAAUUUCUCCCAGUGACUUAGAACAUUUUUCAUGUGGUUGUUGGUCAUUUACAUUUCUUUUGAAAAUGAUUUGUACCUCUCCCCACUUACUUGGAAAAACUGUUGCUAUUUUUAAAUGGAAACAUUGUAGCACUGGUAGUUUGGAAAACAUUAAAUAAAUAGUUAUUAGAUGAAUUAUCAGUAUUUUUAAUAAUGAAAAAGAAAAGCAUUCUACAUAUUUUCCAUUUGUUUUUAUGACUCACUGGAUAUUUGUUGUAGAGGGGUGUGUGUGUGUGUGUAUUGAUAUUACAUAUCUAUAUGUACACCUCGGUUUGCCAGCAGUCUGUUAUUCAGUUGGUGAGAGAACUCUGUUCAUCAGCCAGAUUAUAUAUUACUUAGUAGUUAAGUUUUAGGGAGGUGUCUGUAGUUCAGAGAAAUUAAAUGACACUUGCCCAUGGUCACAUAGCUAGUUUUAAAUGUGGAAUUUGAAUCCAUGGCUUCUUGAAUCCAAGUAUGUCAUACUCACCUUGCAUGUAUGUAUGUAUAUACAAAUAUGCACACACAUGAAAAUAUUGCACAUGCCAAAUGCUUUAAUACAAGUGUUUGCUGUAUCAAUUAAGAAAAUUUCUACAUUUACCGCCAUACAACUGCUUAUUAGACAUUUCCAACUGGGUGUCCCCAAGACAUCUCAAACUCAGCAUAUCCAAAAUGGAACUUAUUAUGUUGUCCCCGAAAAUAAACCAU